AUGUUUGAUUUUGGUGUGGUUGAAAAUUUAAGUGGUCAGCGUCUAUUUCAUUCUAGGAAUACUAUUCAGGUGUCUUUGGUUGUUGAAGCAGGCUAUGAUUUCUUGGUAGAUAUAUCUGCUAAGAAAGCAGCAGGAAGCAGUCCAUUUCGCUCUGCUGUUGUGAAGUGUUUUCUCCAAACAGUGAGGAAUUUUCAACGUUCUGAUCAGUUGAUGAUACACCUUAGUUCGUUCUCAACCGUUUCUGCACACCAUUCUGUUCCACAGAGUGCACAAGAUGGCCUGCCAUUGUUCUAUGUCCAACCUGGUUCAUCUACUCCAGUUUUGUCACAAGACGUUGCAUCUCCUAGCAAGGAAAAAGGGAGAAAACCGAAGAUGAGAGACCCGGUUUCUCAGUUUGCAACAUUCUGGAGACCAGUCAUUUCAUUGGACACAAGCAUCUGGUAUAAAUGGUUUCACAUUCAUCGUAUUGCCGUCCAACUGGACUAUGAUGCGUAUGAUGAGAAAUCUGCUCGUGACCAUCUACAUGUGCCGAAUGCUAGUGGUCGCUUCUCAACUGCUCAGUGCCGUAAGGCAGCGGGGAGUCUGUACUCUGCUCUUACUGAUUGGUCAACGUUUGUUUUACUCGAGAACCAUUCUUACAUUCGUUUCAUUACCAGCAAUUCAGAGUCAGAGUCAUCACCUCCUUCUCAUUUCUGUCUUGCUCGAUUGACCCAAAAGAGCCCUCACAUGGUGGUUCGAAUAGCAUUUGUGGCAGGUACGCCGCCUGACAUUCAGUUUGAGAUGGUUGAAGGACUGCGUGGAAUGUUGAAUACGUUGGUCGUGGAGCGUCAAACUCCUAGGAUGCCUAAGAUGUCGGUUACCACGAAGGGAAGACAGAAGAAGCUUGUAUCGCAGGAGACGAUCAUUCAAACACCUGCAUUUGUGAUGACUAAAGUUCCGGAGAGAAUUUUUGUCAGAUACGAAAAACUUCCUGCCGAGUUGACUCAUUCACAAGAGCAAGCAGCAGUUAGAGGAACUUUUGGAAAUGAAGAUGCUUUAGUUGGAAUUGGAGAGAAGACAUCAGUAGGAUCAGGUAGCACAUUGGUGAUGCGCUCGUUGGAAAAUUACCUUUAUCACAUACGGUGGGUGUGGAGACUUCAUCCGGAUGAGACAGACCAAGAAUCCAGCUUUCUGAGUGUUACUACCGUUGGUCUUAUCUUGUCAGCCUUGCUGAGGUUGCGCCUUCGAGAGGGAUUCCACAUUGCCAGCAGUGCUCUCGGCCUUGUUUACCUAGUUAAAGAACUGCAAAUGAAAGAAACCGAUGAUUUGACUCAGCCGUGCCUUUUACAAUACGUUUUGUUUCCACCACUGGCAUGUGGUUCCAGUGGUACAUCCGAACAGUCACACUCUGGUGCAGCUGUCUUGAAAGCUAAGAAGUUGCACAUCGUUACUGAAGCAUGGAUUGAACCACAAUGCGGGAGUAUCACUAACUGCUCGCCAUCAAUGAGAGGCUGGGAGGGAUUGGACUACCAGCAAAUUCUAGACGAGGUUCAUCGGUCAAGUACCUCACUUGUUUCUACGCUCUGUUCGUAUGAGCAGCUGUUUUUGAUGUGUUGCCAUCCAGGGUUGUGUCCGCCACCAACGAGACAGUGUUCGGAUGGAAGACCAAACGGCAAUGUCUCUCUUCAACACGUUCCAUUUCUAUUUGACGUCUGCUUGUUACUUCGUCAAACUAGACAACUGCAGCUUCUUUUUUCAGGGUUUGGCAAGGGUCAGAGCAGUCAAGCGAAUGCGAGACUGCUCUCAUUGAUUUGUGAGAAGCUUGUUGGUGUUUGCGAGACUAAAUUUCUGAUUCAAGAUGCCGACGCUGUUCGAUUGACUGAACAAAUUUGGCUUCGUUGUCCGGAAGAAGAUCGGCAGCAUGAUCGACUAAAAUGGCUGUUAGGGGUUUGCAGGUGGAAUUGCUUUUUAAAACCUGCUGGCGAAAGCCGAUUGUUUGUAGUCUUGGUGCCAGACAGUAGCACUUACUGUAAAUCUGUUAGCUCUGAAUCUGAUGAUGAAACCGACAGUGCUAUACCUGUUUACAUCUAUGAAUGUCACCAGUGGAUGGAAUCAGAGAAGAAGGAUAAGGAAGUGACCGGUGCAACUGAAGUGACAGCUCUUGAUGCUGAUGUAGUCGAAGACUUGACGUUUUUGAGGCAGAACCACGAGGUGAGAUUUGAUGCAAGUGAAACUGAUCAAGACUCUUGUGUGAGAUAUCAUGGUGCUAGUCGAAGAGUGACUCGAACGUCGAGAAACUCAUCUACUGCAGUGUUUGUUAACACUGUUUCAACUCAACUCGCAACGUUUCGUGAGCGUGUCAAAGACGUUUAUUAUCAGUGUUUUGUUGAGGCGACAUUUGUUGCAUUACGGAACAGAGAGUACGUUGAUACUGCUAGUGUCACCGAUGCUGUUGAGUUGUGUGAGGAAGGACGAAUAGGAAUCGACCUUACUGACUUUCUGAGUACCAUUUGUGUUCAUUUCAGCGGCAUCGAUGGGCAACUGAAACGGAGUGGUAGUGAUCUUGCUACUCCUGUUUUGGAAAAGGCGGCAUCAGUUGAAAAUGAUGGCGACUUGCUGGCUGGUAGAAGUUCUAUAUGUGGACACCCUUUGCCGAUAUGUCGUGUCUUUGGCAACAUGAUUGAAGCUCAAUUUAGCUCCAUUCUUGCUUCUUCAUUUCAGGCUGUACCAGCAAGUAGAGAGGUCUUCUUUUUUUCACCAUACGGGACUUCUUGGGAGUCUUUGUCACAGUCUUCAGACAGCCCACAGGACACACUGGGACAGAGUUUGACGGACUGCUCGGAUAAUGGUGACGUAGAUUUUACUGACAUGGGACAGCGUUCGGAGAGUCGGGCUGACAGUGAAGGCUUUGAAGAAGUUUUCACUCAGGAAGCGGCGGAGGAGGAUGUGGAAGUGGCUUUUUUAGGUUAUUCGUCUGGUUCUAAGGCAGAUAAAGAUGAAGAAGGUGAAGAAGAGGACAGUGAAUCAAAUGAUUUGCCGCUAUUCAUUAGCUUUAUCUGCUCUGUCAAAGACAAGAAAACAGGGCAUAUUCAUGUGACAGCACCGUUAACGAGCAUUCCCACCUGUUUGGGAAGAAUUGUGGAGCAGCUGGAUAAUGAUGAUGCUAACACCAGAAGCAUGCCACUUGACCACAGCAACUUGGAUGUGAGUGUUACACUCGAUAUUACACUGUUCACAUUACCCCAGCAGGAUACGUAUGCACUUGACAUUCCACAUUUGGAUCUGGAAAGCACAGAUGAAGUUUUACCUUCUUCACCAAGAGAGAGAAGAUAUGAACGCAGGCUGGCGUUUCGUCCUUUUUCUCCUACGUUGUCCGAUCACAGUGACGAGGAUGAAGUGGUUUUGAAUCCUCUUGGCCACUUGUCUAUAUCCCAUCACAGGGCAGUGGAAAAUUUACGCAAACAAAUUGUCUGGUUGAUGAGCGAUGAGAUAAUAGCAGCAGCACGGACGACUGUACCCAUAACGUCAGCAACGUUGGAGAAAGUAGUUUGUCACAUUCAAUCUAGUCAGGUGAAGUCGUGUCAAUCUGUUCGGGUUCCACUUCUGUUUGUUUACGGUGUGGAACAGAGCAUGCGUCGUUUCAUCCAGGAAUUUGAGUCAAUGUUUAUUACUAGCUACAAUCUCAACAAAGUAGAGAACUAUUAUUAUCUCAGCGAAGAUCGACCUCUAUUACGGCAUUCACACAUGAAAACUGGUUCUCUGUACUCGAGCUUGGAAGGUCUUGAUCAUCAAACAAGAGGCAGUAGACGAGGAUCAGUAGAUCUAUCUCACAAGGUUCACAUGGAUUCAUUGCAAUUACCAUCUACAUACGCAAGCCAAGCAAGUUUAGGCGGCAUAAGCUUAGACUCUGUGACAACAUAUGAUGCUGCUACGGGUGAAGGAAGUGAAGAUGACAGCAGCAUGCCAUAUCUGACUCGGAUGUUACAAGAAGCCGAAGGUCACGCUAUUGCCGCCUGUUCUGAUUUGUGGCUCAUUUUGAAGGUCUCACCUCAACAUGUGGAUCUUUAUUUUCAUUCGAGGUAUUCAGAGACGUCAUCUGCAAAUGAGGAUAGACAGCGAUGUCUUCUUGAACAAGUAGAAACUGAGGUGAAGUCGAAGUGUCGUCUGGUCAAUCAGGCAAUGUUACUGACUAGUUUACUGGAGAAACGUGUUUGUCACCACUUGCUGCUUUCCGAGUCGAAAGAGGACACGUGGGCUCAAGGCAGCUUAGUGUUUUCGUCAUCACCCCUUUCUUUCAACUACACAUCCUUAUCAUUUGAGCAGAAUGCCAUUAAUUCUCUACCUCCUGGUCACUUUGAGUGCAGUCUGCAGCACACAUGCCACAUCCCUUUGCACUGGAGGGUUGCAGCUACAGCUGCUGGCCUUCAAGCUGCUCAUGCGGCACUUGUGCCAUUUAUGGUCAUAAACAGGAAGAACAUGUAUGUCUACCAGGAACAGGGUGGUUCUGAGAAUAUUUUCUACAUCCGUUUGUCAGAGUCUAUGUGUGUGACUGAGUAUUUGGGACCGUCAAAUCGAAAAUUGUUGAGAUCUCAGAGUUCAAUGGAAGUGCGCAGUGCUUCAUCCAUGUCUGUCAGAGGAGCGAGUGAAUAUGGAGAUGACUGGAGCACAGCGGGUGCAUUUAACAAUCGCACUUUGACAGAGCCAAACAAUGAGAGUAAACUCGAUAAAAGUGUAGCUGUUGAAGUAUUUGGUAUUACAAAGCCAGGCCCGGACAUUACUGUGGAGUUGGUAGGCAUUUUGCAGAAAAAGAUUGAGAACACUUUGUUGAGUUGCUUGACGAAUGUUAUUUCAAGAAAUCCAAAUAGUAAAUUGGAUACUGCUGACAUACAGUUUAUACAGCCACUGGGAAUGGCACCGACCACCGAGUUUUCUUACGUUGUUUCAAACUUGAUUCCUCUUGAUCAGCGAGCGUUAUUGUAUUAUCUUCAGCAGCAUCUGUUGCAGUUUCUUGUGGCACCAAACUAUCAGACUUUGUCCUCAGAAAGCCAAUUCAGACAUUCACAAACUCUUGGAGAAGAGCCAGAAACACUUUUGCCAUACGAUUGUGUGUUUCUGUACUGUCGGUCUCCAAUAGAAUCUGCUGCAGGUCUAGCUUGUGUGUAUGCUCAGUGCACUGGAUUUGUAUUUAGUGGACUUGAUGAAGCAGAAAGCACUUUUGACAUAAGAGAUCACUCCAUUGCUGUUCUUACUGCUGUUUUUGAGUCAGAGUUGGAUGCAUCAAGAGUGUGUGAUCCCGCGGUGCAAUUUCAGCUGUGGGUGCGAGGUGAUGUCGGUCUCAGCAACUUGAAGAAAAAACUCAUGAAGAGUGUAGAACACGCUUUGUGUGACUAUCUCCUGGAGUAUUUUGUGUUAGUGAUGCCGUUGACACCAAUUCCGUGUGUGGAUCUUGACCCAGACAAAACAGUUGAUGCUGAAGAAGUAGAUACAGACAAGUACCAUGAAUGGGCUAUCGUGACAGUAUCACACCCCACACCUGAGCGCAGCCAAAGCCUCACACUGACAUGCAAUAGAGGGGCUGAAAUAGUGUACGUUCAACCUGGUGAGUCACCUUGUUUGGCAUUUGAUUUGGGUGGGAAGAGCGAUCUGGAUGCCAAGGCAGAGGUGUUUAGGACGCAAUCAUGUGGUUCUGAUAAAGACGACUGCCGAGUUGACGACAGACCUGAAACGCCAGAACCUCAUGCUCCUCCCCAAAGUCAAGCUAUUGACACUCCAACAAAGAAAAGACACCAACACACUCUGCCUAGUGCUAGGCGACUCAAAAGAAUGAUCAGUGGUCAGAACUCGGGUCAGGCACCUGUUGUCUCCCCGGGUGUGUCCAGUUGUUUCUCAUUACCUAAAGAUGUCAAGUUUGCUUUACACAGUGCAUUUGUCGAGUAUAGCAGGACGUCAUCACUGGAAGAAUCUCCACAAAAGUCUAAAAUUUCCAAAGAAGUUCCCGGUUGGCUUGCAAAAGAGAUUCAACGAAGAGAAAGUGAGCGACUGCGUGAGUUGUUGGAAAAGGCUGCUGUGGGUGACACGGGUAGUCUGAUGAGUGCAUUUCACAAGAAGGGCAUUUGUUUGAUGGAUCACGCUUGCGAGAUUCAAAGUCCAACUACUCAUUGUUACAAGUUGUCACUAUUGUCACGAUAUGCUGUCGACUACCUGCUGAAAGAAAUUGAACGGGCAAUUCCAACUUUCUUUCCUGAGAUAUCACCAUUUACAUUUUGUUUGGAAAACUGUGAUCAAACUUAUCGUCCUUACAAAACGAGAAGGAAAAGUCUGGAGAGUACAAGGGAUGGCGAGACGUCAUGCGAUGGUUUACAUGUAACGAAAAUGCCAUUGGGUGAUCAAUCAUUUAUCAUUACGGGAAGAAAAUUAGAUGACUGGCAAUACACAGUAGAAUCUAUGGCUGGUGGCAUUCAUUCAAACAAGAAAGCUGGACAAGGUGCAAGCAAGCAGAGCAUAAAGUUCAUGCCAUUCGAUGGCCACACUGCGACUGGAAAACCACCGGGACAGCACACGUUUCUUGAACAGGAUCAAUUUAUUCCAAGACAAAAGUUCUUUCUGUUUCAUAUUAGAGACAAGCAGAUCAUAUUCUACACGUACAACUACCCACCUGAGCUCAACAAUCGGAUUGACCGCUUUCUGAGUAGACUGUCUGAAUGGCAGAAUGCACGCAGUCGUUUCCUCGACUUUGUUUUAGGGCAGAAAAUGGGUCUAUUUCACCAUUUUCGAACGGUUAUUUCUAGAGGCUCAAGAGAAAAUGCAGCAGCUGUUUUGAAAAGGAAUUCUAGCGACUUGGAUCAGCUAGUCCAAGAGACCGUACCUCCAACGAAAGAAUCUCUUCAACGGGAAAGAGGCUCGCUUUAUAGUGUAGUCAGCAAGAGUACAACACCACAGAGCAGUCGGGCAGCAAGCAGCUCUCGAGGGGCAACGUCGCCAAGUGGCCGAGGACAAAGCGCUAGUUCAGGAUCCACGAGUAACCGCACCAAUUCAAGCACACUGGACGACUUUGAUGGCCUCUAUCGAGAGACGUUUCCAAGAAUACCGAUGCACUACAGUCUUUACUCUUCUCACAGCGAUCCGGUCCGCCGCCACUGCAAGCAAGCAUUGGACUUAAAGGCAUAUCAAAGAAAAAUGGACAACCGGGCUAUUCAGUUGGCAGAUAUUCUUGACACUUGGCAGGGUCGAUCUAAACAGAAGACUGCAAUAUCAAUGGAGCUUUUGGUGGUAUUGAAACAGACAGCUCGCCUUAUACACUACUGUAAUUCACCAUUGCUGCUCAGUCGGAAGUGGCGCAAGACUCUUAUUGAAACGAGCUACCAACGAGAAGCGAUCAACAUUGAUCUGUCCGUAGACGACUUCACGGCGGCUGCUCAAGCUGGUGGUAGUAGAGAUGUCAAGUCUGUGGACAGCGAAGCAGGAAGUGGGUUUGAUGGUGAAGAAGAAGACUAUUGGCACCAAUGUGUACGCUUCGCGUUCUUGAAUGACUAUGUGACGUACCUCGAACAGCAGCUUGGCUUUUUGGUCAUUGACGUGAAACAGGGUGGCUCUUUGUUCAGAUCUAGCUCUGUUGACAGCGGGAAGGAGACCAGCCCAUCGCCGUUUGUUGUUUCUGCAAACAGCAACUCUACACAUACUGGACUGCUAGGUUCAAAGUGUCUUCAGAAAACUUUGGCAGGCGGUUUGAUUUUGAUGGAAUUGUCCUUCCAGGAUUCAUACUUCUCGGUGAGACUGUACGCUCUGGAAGCGUCUCGAAUUCGUCGGGAUGUUGUACUGAAUACACAGAUGAGCAAGCUAUUUACGGACGAGUGCAGUCACUUGAAAGAUCUGACACAUGUGCAUUCGUUUGCUUAUGAUUUUCAUCUUCGCCAGAUUCACAAUUUGCUAUCGACUCAACCAGGGGUGCAGUCUUUGCUUCCGAGCGGAUAUCCUCUGAUGGAUUUCCUCGACGACUUCAACACACUCUGUGUGAACCCGCCAACCUACAUCAGGAAUCGUCUCUUGACCGAUGACAUUGCUAUGUCUAUUCCGGUAACAGCAAGUCCUGAUGACUUGUUUCGGUACCUUCUUGUCAAUUCGACUGCUUAUGGUUUGAAGACUCUGGAGACAAGUAUCAAUCAGUUUUCUGCGGCAGCGUCUCCAUGCGAGCCUGUGUGGACAAUGGCUGCUGGGGAUAAACUUGUCUUGAUGAAAGCAAGUGAUGAUGUUUCGCUCAGUAAGAAGAAAGGAGUGCAAUCUAGAUUUUUUCCGUCAGACAUGGAGUUUCAUUCGUAUUUGCUGAUUUGCCAGAAGAGCAAAGGUCUCGAAAUGGUGAGUCUUGACUCGACUGAAUUGCAAGGCAGCAGCUACGAGAUGCAUUUACGUUUCUACCUGGUGUUAAUCAGUCGGCAUCACAUAUUCCCCAGACUUACUUUGACAUCUCCUCGAGGAUGGAGACAGUCUAUUGUCAAGUUCAUUCGAAGCAGUUCACUCAGUCGAAAGGAAGAGACAGGACCAACAAGCAGUUCCCCUGCUGGCAGGUCUCCUAAGACAGCGAAUAAUCUUGUUGAUGGUGCUGACAAUGAGGAUGAUGAGGAGGAUGACGAGGAUGAGGAUUCGUUUACCAGAGAUUUAACCAUUUCUCCUGCUCCAGUUUUGGAUCCUGCUGCUAUCAAAGAGCAAGUGAAUGCAGCAAAGCAGCUACUUGGGGAUGCAAUUCGUUCAGCUACCAGGCAUUUUCGUCGCGAUUCAUUGUGGAAACGUUUGUUGUUUGGUUACGCUGAUCCAGGAUCGGUCAAGAAGGACCAAACUUCUUCACGCGGGAGUUCUCAAGACAAAAGCAGUAGCCAGAUAGAUGAGACUGUGAUCACUCGAUUAACUUUUGAAGAGUUUGAUGAGCUGCUGUGCCUGGUCUCUCCCGUCAGUUUAGACUCCAUGGAUAAGAGGCUUGCUCCAUUUCUUCAGAUGAACAGAGAAUGGUAUCACGGUUUAGUGAGCGGCUUAACUGUUCGGUUUGGUGAACAAGUGCGUACUUUCAAAAAACCAGAUGGCACAAUGUUUCAUUUGAUUGUAUUUAGUCCAGAAUUUCAUGAUGCUUUUGUUUUACUAACUCUACAUGCUACCGGAUCUCGAAACAAGGCAGAGUUCACUGUUGUGUACAAGAAGACAUCAGAUCAGUCUUCUCAGUCGGCACAAGAUGUCGAGACAGUUUCUGACCAAGAACUGGCAUGUCGGGCGUUGAUCGAGAAUGUUGUCAACUUUACAUGUUAUUACGUGUGGACUCUACUGACUAAGUGACAGUGACAUAUUUGGUUGUAAAUUGAAUGAUCUUGAGCAAGUUGCAGCAGCUCUCUCUAGGACUCUCUGCUACAUUUUCUGUCGAAUGACAAAAGGACAUUUUUGUUUUGUACAUAGAUUACACCAGGCUGUUGGUGUUGGUAAGCAAUUUUGUAUACAAGCAAAUGGAGAUG